AUGGAUCCUUUUUUGACUCUGCUGCACAGUUUCUCCUCGAGCUUGUCGGACAGUGAGCUUUCUUCCCUGAAGUUUCUCUGCCGGGACAACAUUGGGAAGAGGAGGCUUGAGGCUGUCCAAAGUGGCGGGGGGGGCUUUUUCAGCAUCCUUCUCGAGCAGCAGCUGAUUGCACGCGACAAGGUGUCAUUCCUUCACAUCUUGCUUGAGAGCAUUAAAAGAGAAGAUUUGGUCUCGCAGCUAAACCAGUUUGUAGAGGAAGGAGAAGUUUACGCUCCUGAUGAUCAACCAGAUAUGCACGAAAAACGUCUUCAGAAGGCAGCUAUGGAAGUCAUAUGUGACAAUGUCGGGAGAGACUGGAGAAUGCUGAUACGAAAACUUGGCGUUUCUGAAGUGAAGAUUGACAGAAUAGUGGUAGCAAAUCCAUAUAACUUGCAUGAACAGUUGGCUCAGUCACUUCGAGAGUGGCAGAAAUGGAAGGGAAAAGAUGCAAAGGUGUCUGACUUAAUAAAAGCUCUUCGGGCCUGUAAUAUGAAUUUGGUGGCAGACAAAGUUGAACAGAAGCUCUUGCCACUGAACGCUGGAACUAGGUGA